AAUCUGAGCUAGCAAAUGCAACAGAAGAACCUGGAGGGCUAUGUGGGCUUUGCAAAUCUUCCAAACCAAGUUUACAGAAAAUCAGUGAAGAGAGGUUUUGAGUUCACACUCAUGGUUGUGGGUGAAUCUGGGCUGGGGAAAUCAACACUGAUCAACUCACUCUUUCUGACAGACCUGUAUCCCUGAAUACCAGGUCCUUCGCACAGAAUUAAAAAAACUGUACAGGUGGAACAGUCGAAGGUUCUGGUAAAGGAAGGUGGAGUCCAGCUGUUGCUCACUAUCGUUGACACCCCUGGCUUUGGUGACGCUGUUGACAACAGUAACUGCUGGCAGCCAGUCAUUGAUUACAUCGACAGUAAGUUUGAGGAUUACCUCAAUGCAGAGUCACGGGUCAACAGGCGGCAGAUGCCAGACAACAGAGUGCAUUGCUGCCUGUACUUCAUUGCCCCGUCUGGACAUGGACUGAAACCCCUCGAUAUUGAAUUCAUGAAACGGUUACAUGAAAAAGUCAACGUCAUCCCCCUAAUCGCCAAAGCGGACACAAUGACCCCUGAGGAAUGUCAACAGUUCAAGAAACAGAUCAUGAAAGAAAUCCAGGAGCACAAAAUCAAAAUCUACGAUUUCCCAGAGACAGAUGACGAGGAGGAGAUGAGGAUGGUUAGGAAAAUCAAGGAUCGUUUACCUCUGGCUGUAGUCGGCAGUAACACCAUCAUCGAGGUCAAUGGGAAACAUGUGCGCGGGAGGCAGUACCCAUGGGGUGUAGCAGAAGUGGAAAAUGGAGAGCACUGUGAUUUUACAAUACUCCGGAACAUGCUCAUUAGGACCCACAUGCAGGACCUGAAGGAUGUGACAAACAAUGUUCACUAUGAAAACUACCGCAGCAAGAAACUAGCUGCAGUCACCUACAACAAUGUGGACAACAACAAGAACAAGGGACAGCUCACUACGAGUCCUCUAGCUCAGAUGGAGGAGGAGCGACGGGAGCACGUGGCCAAGAUGAAGAAGAUGGAACAAGAAAUGGAACAAGUAUUUGAGAUGAAGGUCAAAGAGAAGCUCCAAAAGCUCAAAGACUCUGAAGCUGAGCUCCAGAGGCGCCAUGAGCAAAUGAAAAAGAACCUAGAGGCCCAGCACAAAGAACUGGAAGAGAAACGUCGCCAACAUGAGGAGGAGAAGGUCAGCUGGGAGGCCCAGCAGAGGAUUCUGGAGCAGCAGAAGCUGGAUGCCUCCAGGACCUUGGAAAAGAACAAAAAGAAGAAGAUAUUUUAAUAACUCUGGAGGACCUACCCAAUGUUACAGUGUAUUUUGUUUGCCAGCGUGCCAGUCUUGAUUGUCAGAAUCUGUCAAUCUACUACAUCAGUUGCAGUUUGACCAUAUUACUGUGUAAAAAUUGAGUAAAAGCCAGGGUAGUGUUGUAUUAUUGGGCUCUGAAUGUAACCAAUUGCUCUCAUCUCUCUUGUUCCUUCUUAAAGAACUGUUAUUAUCCCUGUCCUGUUUUCUGGUCACUGCUCACAUAAACAAGUAUAUUCACAUAAAAGUACAAAUAGAUAGGUCAUUGUUUUCCUCUUCCACCUUGGGAAUGGAUAGUUGUUCACUGUUCUGUCGUAUCCUUUUAAUGCCAAAAAACAAAGAGGUAAACCAUUCCUGCACACACAUAUUAUACAACAUAUGAAAUAUAUAUUUAGGUAUCACAUUUAAUUUCCUCUCCUAUAAUGUAAAUCUUAUAACCAUGAAACUGCAGUGUUUAACUUCAAUCAUGUGUAACAUUUUCUUACUUAGUGUGCAGUUGUUUUCUUAGCCCUGCUCCUAGAAAACAUGUAUUCAUCACUUCACUCGUAUUGAAUGUACCAAACUAAAGAAACUGCUCAUUAGGUGCUUCUACAUGAAUUGAUCUGAACUUCUUGUGCAGGUUCUAUAUAAAAAUGUUUUCUAACAGAAACAGUUCUUUCCGGGGACAGGUUGUGGAAAGUCUUUGUUAGAUAAUGGUGGAUGGGAAAGCUGAAGCUGAGAUUCCUCAGUCAAACAGGUGUCAACUCAGUAACUGUACCAAGCUGGCUUUUUUUAAUAUCACAUUUGGCACUAUUUGUGUACUGCAUCUGUAUUUUGUGAUAUCUUGUCAUUUUUAUUGUACAAAGCCACAUAAUAAAAUUAUGAUGGGGAAAAAAAGA